CCUACAGCCGAUAACGCAUUUACGACUGUAAACACGUAUCACGCCUUCAAUACUUUUCCAGGUGUCCGUUAUCUCGAUGGUGGUCAUGCAUCUGGCUUCAGCCACGUGACCAUCAACCCAGGAGCUGAGAAACGGCUCUUCCAGAUUAAGGGCAAGAGAAAUGUGCGCGUCAGGCAGGUGGAACCUUCGGUGACAUCAAUGAACAAGGGCGAUUGUUUCGUGCUGGAUGUGGACCAUACAAUCUAUCUCUAUGUGGGUGAAAAGGCUGGUCAUGGUGAGAGGUUGAAGGCCAUAUCCGUCGCUAACAAGAUCAGAGAUCAGGACCACAAUGGAAGAGGAAACGUUGAGAUUAUUGAUGCGUAUUCGAACGAGUCAGACUUGGAGAAGUUCUUUGCCGCGCUGGGAUCUGGAAAUAAGGAUUCCGUUCCUGAGGAUACAGCAGGUGGCAGUGAUGAGGUGAGUUUA